CACAAACUCUUCACAUCCUCCACACACAAAAUGAGCGACAAGUUGAAUUCAUCUGCUAACGUUGUUUCUGUUGGUGUUUCUGGUGGUACUGGUCACCACGGUUAUACUGAAGAAGAAACUGAAGCUUUUACCGACUAUAUCAAUUCCACACUCAUGGAUGAUCAAGAUUUGAAAGAUAAACUCCCAAUUGCCAAGGAUGGUUUGUUUGAAGCUGUCAAGGAUGGUGUUUUGAUCAACAAGCUUAUUAACACUGCCGUUCCAGGUACUGUCGACGAAAGAGUCAUUAACAAGAAGCCAAAGAUGAAUCCAUGGGAACGUAAUGAAAACCACGAAUUGGCCAUUAACUCUGCUAAAGCUAUUGGUUGUAGAGUUGUCAAUAUUCAAGCUGGUUUCAUUGAUGAAGGUAGACCACACAUUGUUUUGGGUUUGGUUUGGCAAAUUAUCAAGAUUGGUUUAUUGUCUGAUAUUAACUUGAAGAAUCACCCUGAAUUGGUCAGACUUUUGCAAGAUGGUGAAUCAUUGGCUGAUUUACUCAAGUUGGAUCCUGCUGCCUUGUUGGUUCGUUGGGUCAAUUAUCAUUUGAAGAAUGCUGGUUCUGAUAGAAGAAUUAAGAAUUUGGAAGGUGAUAUCAAAGAUUCAGUUGCAUAUACUCUCUUGUUAACUCAAAUUGCUCCAAAUGGUGAAUGCUCCAAGGAUCCAUUGAAUGAAAAUGAUUUGGAAAAGAGAGCUGAAAAGAUGUUGCAAAAUGCUGACAAGAUUGGUUGUCGUAAAUUCGUCAGACCAAAGGAAGUCAUCAAUGGUAAUCAAAAACUUAACUUGGCUUUCGUUGCCAACUUGUUCAAUAACUACCCAGCUUUGGAACCAAUCAACUUGAAUGACUAUGCUGACUUGUUGAACUUUGAUAUGGAAGGUACUCGUGAAGAACGUGCCUUCAAGUUCUGGAUUCAAUCAUUGGAUAUUGAUUGUAAUGCCAUUCCAGAAGAUUUGAGAGAUGGUGUUGUCUUGUUGAAGGUCUUCGAUAAAGUCAAGCCAGGUUGUGUUGAAUGGAAGAGAGUUUCCAAUCCACCAAAGAAUCGUUAUCAAGCUAUUGAAAAUACCAACUAUUGUGUUGAUUUGGCAAAACAAUUCAAGUUCAAUACUGUCAAUGUUGGUGGUACUGAUAUUGCUGAUGGUAACAAGAAGAUUAUCUUGGGUUUGAUUUGGCAAUUGAUGAGAAGAUCCUUGUUGGAUACUUUGAAGGCAUUGGGUGGUGGUAAGGAAGUCGACGAAAAGGAUGUUGUUGCUUGGGCCAACUCUAAGGUUACUGAUGAAAAGCCAAUCGAUGAUUUGAAUGACAAGUCACUCCGUACUGGUGUCUUCUUGUGCAAGUUGUGUGCUGCUGUUAGACCAUCAGCUGUCAAUUUGGACUUUAUCACUCCUGGUGAAUCUGAUGAAGAUGCUGAACAAAAUGCCAAGUAUGCCAUCUCUGUUGCCAGAAAGAUUGGUGCUACUGUCUUCUUGUUGUUCGAAGAUAUCUUAGAAGUCAAGCCAAGAAUGAUCCUCAGUUUCAUUGCCAGUUUGUGGGUCAAAUCUCUCAAUAAGUAAAUUGAGAUGAACACUGUCAUCAUAUCAUAACUAUAUGUAUAACAUCAUGUAACACUUUCCAUUUAAUAACCUGUUGUUAUCAUUAAUAAAAGUGAUAACUCCAUUAAUUCUUGUAAUCAUUCAUUGUUUAUUAUUCUUAUUUCUCAAAUUCCGAUAAGAUUUAAAACCUUAAACAGCAGGAUACUAUUCCAUAGCAUUAAAAAUUUAAAUUCUAUUC